CGAGGGUGUCCCGGGGAUCCCUUCGAUCCUCCCGCUGGUGGAGGCGGAUCCCCCUCUAGCCCCAGCUCUGCAGGGAAGGGGGUGCGGGGUGACCCCCCCACCCCUGCACAGGGUGAUACCGGGCGGGGAAUCAUUACCGGGUAGUGGUUAUUACCGGGCGGGAGGUGGGUUAUUACCUGUGCGCCGGUCAUUCCCGGGCCGUCGAUUUCCGGGGUGUGGGUCAUUCCCGAGCGGUGAAUUCCCGGGGUGCGGGUCAUUCACGGGAUGGGGGUCAUUGUGAGCGGUGGGUACCCGGGGUAGGGAUCACUCCCAGGCGGUGAAUUCCCGGGGUGCGGGUCAUUCCCGGGCUGCGGAUCAUUCCCGGUGUGCGGGUCAUUUUCGGGGUGCUGGUCAUGCCCGAGGUGGGGGUCAUUCCCGAGCGGUGAAUUCCCGGGGUACGGGUCAUUCCCGGGAUGGGGGAUCAUUCCCAGGCGGUGAAUUCCCGGUGUGCGGGUCAUUCCCGGUGUGCAGAUCAUUCCCCAGGCCGCCGGUGCCUUGCAGAGCUCCCGUCCGUGGGGCCGGACAGUCGCGCCCCCCGAUGCGGGCAGCAGCCGGCGCUGGGCCAUGAGCAACGCCACGGCCCCCACGGCCCCGGGCGCGGCGGGGGACUCGCUGGUGGGCUCCGUGCUGGGACCCUUCCUCCUCCUCACCCUCCUCGGCGCCCUCCUGGCCGCGGUGAUGUACGUCAAGAAGCGCAGGUCCGACCGGCUGCGGCACCGGCUGCUGCCCAUGUACAGCUACGACCCCGCUGAGGAGCCGCCCGAGUCCGAGCAGGAGCUGCUGGUGGAGGCUGAGGAGGCUCAGGUGGUGCCCGGCUGGGGGGGACCCUCGCCCUCUUGGCCCCCGCGCAGGGACUGGAGGGCCUGACUCUGCCUGGAGCAGCGGGACCGGAUCCUGCCCGCGGGAGGGAAGGGAGCACGGGGGCAGCGCUGGUUCCAUCAGCCAGAACGGGCUGGAUGUGCCCACGGUGAUGCCACAAUGCCACAGCUGCUGUCCCCACCUCUGAGCACUGACCGGGAUGGGACAUCUCCUACCUCAGUGCCUGGUUUUGCCAUUUUUUCUUUGCUUGAAGUGCUCCAGCAGCCCCUUGGAAAGCCCAGGAGGGCCCACUGGGGCUGGCAGACUGGCAGGGAGCAGCAGGUUCUGCUGGCACGGGAUGCCUGGGGGAAGAUGGGGUAAAUAAAUAUGUCUCUGCCUUGG